AUCUUUGUAUGCUAACGGUAAAACUGGUUAAAAAAAACCGUAACAAAAGUGUUUCUCGACCCUUUGUUUUGUUUUCACGAAAGCCCCUUCGUUUGACUUCGACUUAAAUGGUAAAUAUGCGUGCAAAGAAAAAAACACAAAGGAUAGAAAAUUCUUCGUCAGGUAGGAGCCUAUUGAUGUCCAAGGUCAACAAAUUCUCCCCUUGUCUUGACCACAAAUCAGUUGAAUGUCCUGUUCUGAAUGCAAGUCAGUGUUCCUCAAACAAGUCCGGAGCAUCGUUGCAGGUUUCAACCAAAGCCCGAAACGGUUAAAUCUUCACGAAGUGACAGCAAAUGUCGGAUACGCAAAUAUGGAUUUCUCUUUGUAUUGUGCCGGCUGAGUGGUUGGCAACGAAGCCUCAAGUCACCCUGAAGAUUCCUUCGCUCUUCGACGUAUGUAUAAUAGGAACUAUUUCUCUGUGGGGUUCCAUGCCCCUUAGCCAAGACGUUACACUCGUGAUAAAACAGAACGACAGACGUGUUCAAGGUUGAAACCCAACAGGUGAGUCGUCUCACAUCGCGCCGCGCUCUUCUCUUACCAGCAAGGUAAUCACGUUCGCUCUCACCCAAGUAUACUUAGUUGAGCGCAGUUCGUCGACUAAACCAGUCGCCUUCGAAUACAAAUCAUGGUCGGCCGUGUUAUUUGGUCGCGCUUGUUAGUUUUAAGUACCCUGGUGUUGGCCGUGCUUAGUUUGCCCACACCGUCUGAGUCUGAGACAAAGAAAACGGGGAAUGAUGAUUUCAAUCCCGAAACCGACGAUUUCGUGCCCGCCGAUCGUUACUUAACUCACGAGGAAAUGAUUACCUGGCUUCGGAGCGUAGCUCGUCGUCAUCCGAAAAUUGCCAAAGCUUUUUCGAUUGGCAAGAGCGAGCAGGGUCGCGAACUCCUUGUGUUAGAAUUGAGUCAUUCGGUUGAACGAGGUGAACGUGAUCUUCUUAUGCCCAUGGUGAAAUUGGUUGGUAACAUCCACGGAAAUGAAGUUGUCGGUCGCCAAUUGUUGCUUCGCACCAUCUCUCACUUGAUUCAAAAAAACAAUGUCGAUUCAAAAAUUACUCGUCUGUUGAACACCACCGAUAUCUUCUUUCUCCCCUCAAUGAAUCCUGAUGGCUUCGUUAAAGCUCGGGAAGGUGAUUGCUGGUCAGGCGGACCGGAGGGAGGCCGUCUGAAUGCUAAUAACAUUGAUCUCAAUCGGGAUUUCCCCGAUCAAUUCAAAACUGAAGACAAAUUAUUAAGAAGCCAAAGCGAAUUUCAACAAGGUAGAGCUUCUGAAACUCAAGCCGUUAUCAAAUGGAUUUUGGACAAUCCAUUCGUCCUCUCCGCAAGUUUACACGGAGGAGCCGUCGUGGCCAGUUAUCCUUAUGAUGGUUCCGGUACUGGUCAACACCAGGGAUUUUAUAGUGCUGCCCCAGACGACAAAGUAUUCCGCAAGCUCUCUCAAGAUUACGCUGACCGCCAUCCUUUAAUGAAAAAAGCCGACACAUGUGGUGUGGGAUUCAAAGACGGAAUUACUAACGGAGCGUACUGGUACGACUUGAAAGGCGGCAUGCAGGAUUUCAACUACGUCCACUCAAAUGCGUUCGAAGUUACACUGGAGUUGUCCUGCUGUAAAUACGCUCCGGCUACGGAAUUGCCAGCGGAAUGGCAAUAUAAUCGUAGACCUCUCCUAAACUACAUUGCAUCUACCCAUCGUGGAGUGCGAGGUUUGGUCGUUGACAAGGAUACAAAGCGACCGAUCAGAAAUGCUUACGUUCACGUUUUUGGAAUUGACAAAAACAUCACCACUACAGAAAGAGGAGAAUACUGGCGCCUCUUAACUCCUGGCAGAUACACCAUUCAAUCUUACGCUGAAGGAUUUAACCCAAGCAGCAGCCGAAACAUUGAAAUCACAGAUAUUUAUACAGAACAACUCAAUUUUGAAUUGGAGCCAAAAGUUCGCCAAACGACCAUUACUCGCCUUAUUUGCGAUUAAAUGUAUAUCUAAUUAUAACAGGAAAGCGCGGUGUUCAACAUCCGGAAUCGGGAAUUUUUUUAAGAAUUGAAUGUUCGAAUUCAUGCAACAAACAGCCCUUUUCAGUAAAAUUAACCACCCUUUAUUUAUUGGUGAAAAUGAAAUGGUGGUAGGUCUGAAAAUCAAAUACACAGGGAGAAAAAAGUUCUGUUGUUAACGCUACAUCUUUUUCUCGAUUUUUCACACUCAAUAAUCCCAGAUAUUUUAAUCAUCCGUAAUGAGUCAGAGCGAAAUUUAGUUUUGCAAUUUACGUCAGUAGGCUAUUAAAAAAUGAACAUGUAUAAAAUAAACGCACCUUAAAUAAAAUAAA